AUGAACUGUGGGCUGCAAUGGGUCUUCAGGCUUAAACGACAUUCAGAUGGAACUAUUGCUCGAUAUAAAGGUCGAUUGGUCGUCAAAGGCUAUCUUCAAGAAGCUGGAAUUGAUUUCCAUGAAACCUUCAGCCCUGUUGUAAAACCAACUACAAUUCGUGUUGUUCUUGCCUUGGCACAUAGUGGUCAGAACUUGGUUUGUAGGCUAAAGAAGGCAUUGUAUGGUCUCAAACAAGCACCACGUGCCUGGGGUGCUGCUGUAUGUCCUUGUAUACGUGAUGACAUCAUUGUCACUGGUAAUCAUCAGGGCAGCAUCGAUGCUUUUGUCACAAGUUUAGAUACACAAUUCUCCUUAAAGGAUCUUGGGCCUCUCAAUUAUUUUCUUGGUGUUGAAGUUGAACAUACUACUGAUGGUAUUUUUCUCAGUCAACGGAAAUAUAUUCAGGAUCUUUUAAAGCAAGCUUGUAUGGAUCAAGCAAAGGGUUCUCCUACGCCAAUGACUACUUCGACAAAUCUGUCACAGCAUGUUGGUAGUGCUAUUGAAAACGAGUCUGACUAUAGGAGCAUCGUGGGAGCUCUCCAAUAUGUUGUUAUCACUAGGCCAGAUAUCACCUUUGCUAUUAACAAAGUAUGCCAAUUUAUGCAUAGGCCUCUUGAUCAGCACUUUAAGGCUGUCAAACGGAUCCUUCGAUACCUUCAAAGUACUAUGAAGUAUGGCCUUCAUUUUACUACUACUAUCAGCUUGGAUCUAGUAGGGUUUUCUGAUGCAAACUGGGGUACGGAUGUUGAUGAUCGACGAUCCACCACAGGUUUCUGUGUUUUUCUUGGUGGCAAUUCUGUGGCCUGGGGAACUAAGAAGCAACAUGUUGUAUCCAGGUCUACUGCAGAAGCCGAGUAUCAUAGUUUGGCUCAUACGGCUACCGAGGUUGUCUGGUUGGUAUCCCUUCUGUCUAAAUUGCAUAUUGCUCCGUCUAAGAAAGCUACAAUUUGGUGUGAUAAUUCUGGGGCUGUUGCUGUCUCGGCAAAUCCGGUACUUCAUUCAAAGUUUAAGCAUGUCGAGUUGGAUCUCUUUUUCGUUAGAGAAAAGAUUACUGUUGGCAAGUUGGAUGUUGGCCAUGUGCCUACUCAAGAUCAAGUAGCGGACAUAUUCACCAAACCCUUGUCUGCAUCCUUGUUUACAAAGUUUCAUUCGAGUCUCAACGUUGUCACCAGACGAGAACAAAAAGCAGUAAUCAAGCAGCUAGAGGCAUAUUAA